UGUCUCUAUCCCUGCCAAACUGCAAUGGGGCGGAAAAAAAUACAAAUCAGCAGGAUUUUGGACCAAAGGAACAGACAGGUCACCUUCACCAAGAGGAAGUUUGGGCUGAUGAAGAAGGCUUAUGAGCUCAGCGUUCUGUGUGACUGUGAAAUCGCCCUCAUCAUCUUCAACAGCACCAACCGGCUCUUCCAGUACGCCAGCACAGAUAUGGAUAAGGUGCUUCUGAAGUAUACAGAAUACAGUGAGCCACACGAGAGUCGGACCAAUUCAGACAUCCUGGAGACUCUGAAACGAAAAGGCCUGGGCUUGGAGGCCCCAGAACUGGAUCUUGAAGAAGCUUUGGCCCCUAUGGGGAAACUGAGGCGGCUCGGUGAGGGGGUGGACCUGACUUUGUCACGGCCCAAACUUUCUUCAGCAGCUUCCUUGUCUAGCCUGGAGGGGGCCUCAAUGGGAACUCCGCCCUCUGGAAGCGAGGGGGGCCCGAGCAGCACAGGGGGGUCCCCCCUUCAACCAAGUCGUUUGCCACCAUUCAAGCCAGCAGUCCCCAGACAGGGGCCUCCCUCAGGGCGCUCUCCAGGCCCCCUCACGUCAGGUAUUGGCUACCCAGUCUUCUCACAUGGCAACCUGAGCCGUGCGUUGUCCAGUAGAACCCCACCCCCGCUGUACCUGGGGGCUGAUGCCCGUCGGACAGAAGGACACCAUUCCGGUGGCAGGAACAACAUGGCAUCAAUGCGUUCCUUGUAUCCCAGCUUCCAGACCAUGAGCCCAGCGUUGCCCUCCGGAAGUACCUCUCUUCCCGGACAUGGCCUGCCAGGAUACCCUGUUCUGUCCUGCAGCCAAGCAGAAUAUCCUUCCGGAGACGGCACCUUGCAUCCCUUCAGCCUCCAGGCAGGCACCGUGGCUACAUGGCAACGAGACAUGGCGGUUGCCGGGCACCCAUCACUGGGAGCAACCAGUCGAGUGGGUGACCAACCUCCCCUGACUUCCGGCUCCCCUUCCUCGCACCUGCCUGUCAACAUCAAGUCCGAGCGGGCGUCCCCUACAGCAAGCUGUCCCUCAACCACUCCACAGCCCCCACUGUGUGUCCGCCCCUCCCUUGGGGACAUCCCCGUAGAUGACUAUGUCAAGGCCUACCACUACUCCCUACUCUUCUCCCGGCCCCUGGCAGAAGAACAGAGGCACCCCAGCGUUUCCACACGACGUUUGCAGCCCGCUAUUGAGGACUGGCAAAGAUAA